AUGUUGCGUUCCGUUGCGAUUGCUGCGCUUUUGGGCGCUGCGUCGGCUGCUGCGGCGACGACUUGCUCCCUUACCAACAAGUGUCCUGAAGACGCGCCUUGCUGCUCCCAAUAUGGCGAGUGUGGUGUUGGCGCUUACUGCCUCGGCGGCUGCGAUCCCCGAAUGUCCUUUUCGCUCGACGCCUGCACGCCCGCGCCCGUGUGCAAGUCCAAGACGAUGACCUUUGACAAGGACCUCAGCAGCAUCGCCGACAUUAGCGAUUACCUCGGCGACCCGUCCACCGCCGACUGGAUGGCCCAGGGAGAGCCCGCGUACUUUGACGGCAACGUGCUGUUGACCAUGCCUAAGAACAGCGUCGGAACUGUGCUGGCGACGACCGAGUACAUGUGGUAUGGCAAUGUCAAGGCCAAGUUCAAGACGAGCCGUGGCAGGGGUGUGGUGACUGCUUUCAUCCUGCUGUCUGACGUCAAGGACGAGAUUGAUUAUGAGUUUGUCGGUGUUGAUCUGGGCACUGCGCAGACCAACUGGUACUUCCAGGGCAUCCCCGACUACAACAACUCUGGCAACAUUACCAAGCUCUCUGACACCUUCAACAACUACCACACCUACGAGAUCAACUGGACCCCUGAUCAGAUCCAGUGGCUCGUCGAUGGCCAGGUCGGCCGUACCGUCAACCGCAAGGACCACUGGAACGCCACCUCCAACCAGUGGUCAUUCCCCCAGACCCCCGCCCGUGUCCAAAUCUCCAUCUGGCCCGGUGGUCUUGCCAGCAACGCCCAGGGAACCAUUGACUGGGCCGGUGGUGAGAUUGACUGGAACGCCGAGGACAUCCAGAAGAACGGCUACUUUUACGCCACCUUUGAGUCCGUCGAGGUCUCCUGCUACAAGGCCACUGGCGAGCUCGGCAGCAGCUCGGGCGUCAGCUACACCUACGACAACAUCCGGGCCACCAACGACACCGUCGUCAACGGCAACAAGCGCACCAACUUGGCCACCCUGGAGGGCACCGGUCUCGACAUGGAUGCCGGCAAGCAGGAUUCGUCGUCGUCGUCGGCUUCACCCUCGGGAACCGCCUCCAAGUCUGCCAGCAAGCCAAAGAACACCCAGGCCUCGAUCCCCGGUGGAAGCAACGGCUCUUCUGGCACCGUCCCCGGCGGCGACAACUCUGGCGACAACGGAAGCUCUGGUGGAUCCAGCGGCGGUAGCAGCGGAGGCAGCUCUGGUGGCAGCAGUGGAGGCUCUGACGGCAGCUCUGGUGGCAGCGCCCCUGCUGAUACUUCUGGCUGCUCGACUUCCAGCUUCAACCAGGACUGCGGCAGCAGCAGCGACUCCAGCGGCAGCAAGAGCGGCAACAAGAGCGCUGGAUCAAAGACUGGCGUCAGUGUCCUGGCAGUGGGCCUGGCCGGUGCUGCUCUGUGUUUGAUUUAA